AUGAGCGGUUCGACGCCGCCGUCGCCGACGGCUUCUUCCACACGCCCACACGUCGGAUUCUGCUACGUUUGGACAACUAAGGUGAACUUUCCAACGUGGAAUUUCGAAAAAAUUCAAAAAUCUUAGUUUUUCAAGACUAUAACGGCUUGAACACGUCAUAAUUUGUACUUCGAUCAACAUUCUCUUUUGGUCAAAAACUGAGCGGAUCCUUUUAAUCUCGAUAAUCUCUUUCGAAAAAAAAAGAAAUAUUAUGGCGCCUACAAAAAGAACAACGAAAAAAGCAAUUUAUAAACAUACGUUGGAAUAUAAAUGAUGUUGAUCACGGUACAAUUGAAUUCAUUAGGUCGUGAAAAAAAAAAGAUUAAUAAUAACAAAAAGUGAAAAAAAGAGACAGAAAUAAGGUCUCUUUUGAAAAAAAAACAUUUUUUUGGCAAGGCUUUUUCUCCUGAAAAAACCCAUAACUUCAUUUUUUUUUGAAUCCUCUCCUCUCAGGUCACAACACGAAAAAUGAACGACGACGACGCAACAAUUCUCCUCGUCUCUCCGAAGUUCGCCACAGUCCACGAGCAAGUCUCCUUUCAGUGGAAUCUACGGGUACACGCUACUACUGGCCGGGUUUUCCCGUUGAACUAGUUAAUUCAAAAACUGAUAAAUAUUCAGAUGAUGUCGGAAGACGACACAGAAGACGGAGAAGUGCUUCCGAUGGAUUAUGUCGCCGUUGAACUAUACUUUGUCGAUGGACCAGUUAGUCAAGUUAGUGUUCACUUCAUUUUUUCGGGUUGAAAAUUCACACUACUCAGGUCCUUCUCCAAGCCGAAGUGGGAGUGACAGACAAAGAUUCGGACAUGCCCAUGUUCUUUCGUCGUACACCGUUCAUUCAAGAAGGCAAAACGCUCAAAAUGCAACGAGGCGUCGGCUGCGAGAUCACCGACGCCGACAAGCCGAUGGUCUCAGUUCGCUUGAAAGCGAGUCUUCUUUUUUUUUAUGUCGAAAGUCCUACCCUGGUUGGAAAUCUUUUCGAAGAAGCAUUGAAACCCUCAGCGCUCCUUCAAGACUUCUGCGUUUUCGUAGAGACCGGAAAAAGCUUUUUGAAAGGAAUAUUACCCAAGAUACGUCUACAUAAGGGACCUUCCCGUGACUAAUUCAUGCUUUUUUUUCUUUGAAUACGACUUGAUCAUUUCGAAAAUGUUCAGGACAGCAUCGGAAAGGUGGUGAAGGUGCAUCUACUCAUCAAGAUGGACUCCAAGCUUUUCGACCCAUUCACCUACCUCGACACAGUUUCCCCAACGCCUCGGCACUCCUUCCUCACAACCAACUACAACGCCCGAGUUAACAGCAAAGUUUGGAAAAGGCGGUCUAGGAAAAGGUUCUUCCCACUUUGAGCUGAUAAAGAAGGUGAUUUUAGAAGUUUCAGCCGCACAAGUCGGACGGAGAAGGGCGCGAUGAGCAGCAAGGAGAAGACGGAUUACGAGAAGAAGUUCCAGACGGUGCUGGACAACGAGCGGCACAACGUCGUCGCUCGUCGGUGCGAGGAGAACCGUGAGCUUCGCGUCAAUUCUUCGGAUUCGCGCCGCUCCUCGCUGAUGGAGCAAAUCCGCGACGAGAAGCACCAUCACGAUCAUGAGCACGACCAUAUAUUCAAGAAGGUUUGACUUCUUUUUCACUUGAUUUACCGUCGCGUGUAGAUUGGCUAAAUGCGUCGUGGUUUGAGUUGAAGGUUCGGAACUCACAGUUUAGCCUCCUAUGACAUUUUUAUCAGGCGAAACUUCAAAGUAACUGCCGUUGGACAUUGAAGCAUUUCUAACUCGACCAAGGGGGAAGAUCAUAAUUAAUCCAUAAAUUGAAAACUAUUCAGUCCUGGUCAACACUGAACAUAACUAUUGAAACCGAUAGUGCCAUCCAUUCCAAGCCAUUCUAAAACCUGCAGAUCUUGGUGGCUUGCUGCGAAUCCUGCGAGCAACGGCGUGCCUCGGCAGUCUACGACAGUCGGACCGAGGAGGAGAGCGAGUCGGACGGCGAGGUAAGUCGAUGCGCAGCCAAUUAUGAGUGAAAAGCUCAGGAUAUCGAGUCCGACGGUGACGAGCCGCAUUUCGAAUGUCGUCAGAGCGACAAAGAGCAGAUUCACGAUGUGAGUUUGAAGCGGAGGAAAAUAAUCACGAAGAAACUGAUCCAAACAUCAAUAAAAAGAAAAAAGACUUUCAACGUCCAAAAAGUCUUUCAAACUAAAAUACUCGAUUCAUAACAACUUGAGCCUCUGAAUACGCCCUGGAAAAACAUAGAGAACUUCUUCAUCUACAAACUAUAAAAAAAUUUUCGAUCCGCAGAACCAACUCAUGAAGCAAAUGUUGAAAAACAAAUAAGUUAUUCCUGGAUCGCAGAGUUUCCAAAUUUUACAGCUUUUUUCUCCGAAAGCCAAAUUCUUGUUGUGAUUUGAACUAUAAAAACAAUCCACUUUUGCGGCGGCUCAUUUUUCCUUAAAAAUACCUAUUCCUUCAAAUUUUCUGAGAAUCUAGCAGUGAAUGUUUUCUUCCGUUUUGAACUUCUAAUUUCUACCGUUUCCCAAAUUUUCCUUUUUAAACUUCCAGAUGCUGGCCAACCUGUAUUUCAACAAAGUUGCGCUGCCCGAAAUGGAAUAUGUCGAGGAUUUCGUCGACUUUCUCAUCGACGCCGAAUUGAACGAUUUGCCCGUGUUGAAACGUGCUUGCGAACGAUAUUUGUGCAGCGAACUGAACACAGUUGAGUUGAACUUUUUCUUUCAACUUUUCCAAGAAAAAAAAUCAGUAAAAAUAAAACAAAACAUUAAGAAAGGUUCUUGUAAGAGUAAACUAGGGAACUACUCGGACUCGGGUACGCGUUUCGAGUUGAAACUUUGGUGGCUUAUAGACCCGGGUAGGAGUACUUGGAAACAAGAGAGAUUAUCUGCUAAACCCCAUAGGCUUCUGAGAAAAUGCUUUUUGAAAAUGAACAGUUUAGGCUUGAAAAUUAUCAAAUUUCUGUUUUUCUCCUUCUUUUGGCUGGAAAAAGUUUUUUUAGAGUUUAUCACAGCCGGAUCAUUCAAGGCGAUUGUAUUAAAAUAUAAAAUAAGGUAAAAAGCAGUAUUUUGAGGAUUUUCGGGCCUAAUUUUCACAUUUUCUACUAACUUUUUCUCAGUUCUCUAUUGGGUUUAGCAGAUAUUCUCUCAUUUUUUCAGGUGUUCUGACUUAGGUCUAUAAACCACUAAAGUUUGAACUCGAAACGGGUACCCGAGUCCGAGUAGUUCCCUAGUUAGAACUAACAAGGGAGAUAAUUUUACAAUGUGCGUUUAGAAAUUUCUGAAAGUUUGCUAAAACUCUUUUUUUUUCGAAAUGAAGAUCCUACAUAGUGACUACCUGCGCAAGCUUCUUUUUUUGGAGAUAUGAAUUUUUGAAAAUCCGCACUUUCCAAAAUAGAAGUUUGCACAGGUGAGGACUAUAGCCGAUUCACAGAUAGCUUGAGGCGCUAAGGGGCGUGGCCUGUCUGCGCUCUCCAUCAACCAGGUACUGUCUAUAUUUUUAUCGUGUCAGGACCCUUUUUUCGAUGACUCCUGCCAGCCGUGAAUCUGCUAUGAGAGAGAUCUUUACCAGGGUUUUCAAAUACAUUUUUAGCAAAUGUUCAGAAACUUCCAAACGGUUAAGUAAAAUGACUUUUUUGAAUAGCAUUUUUCUUCUGUUAGAACUGAUUAUCGAGUAGUAUUUGAUUCAAAAAGAACAAAUCGAGGAGGAAAUUCCUUUUGAGCUUGGACAUCUGUGUCAUAGAGGCGAAUGCGAAAAAUUUUUUUAGGUCAAAAACAUUUUUAAAAAAAACAAUGACUGAAUCUUUGAACAGAAGAAAGAUCUGAUCACCUCGCUGCUGCUGGAUCUGCUGUUCAUCGCCAUCGUCUUCAAUCUGCCCGUCAUGAAGUCGAUGACACUUUCCGAGCUCGCCAACCGAACCCACGAGUUUGUCAAUCCUGAAGGCCUCAUGCUGCAGGAUGAGUACAAGUUGGUGCUUUCGACGAUUCUGUUCACGAUUGAGCAAAUUUUAUACCGAAGGAUCAAAAGAUGCUUUUGGUUUGCUUGAGGAACUUGAAGAAAAUCAAAGCUGAACCUUUUUUUUUUAUAAAUUCAACGCUUUCUUUCUUUUCAAAUGAGCGAUUUUCUUCUCGGAAAUAUAUUUUUUUUUCGCAUUGCCUUCCAAAGACCCAAUUACAGACAACUCGACAGGCGAAUGAAAGAUUUGGCCGAUCGAAGCAUCACUGAGCUUAUUGAGCAGUGCAUCGCAUUCCGCGACCAAAAGGUUCUAUUUUUAAUUUCUGCAAACAUAUGUUUCAAUUAAAAAAUUCAAAAAACCUCAGUCCUUUUUUUAAUAAAGUUUGUUAACGAUUCCAGUUCAAAAAAAACUCCCUUUAUCGAUGAAUACACUUGAAAACAAUUAAAAGUUCACAUUAUUCAGGCCCGUGUGAGAUCGAUCCCACUGGAAAACGAAAGCUCGUUGGAACCGGCUUCAUGA